AUAAUGCAGCUCCAGUCUACUGAUAAGAGCUUAACCUUCAUGCUGGAAGAUCACCAUGAUCUGAGCGCGGCCAAGGAGGCCUUAGUGACCUGGAAUGCUGGCUGGUCAGGGCGUACCUGUGGACGCGCCUGUGAUGAUAGCGUUACGAUAACAAAGGUCACGGUGCAGAACGUAGAGAAGAGCGCUCAGCGGAGACAGCUUGGCCGAUCUGCGCAAGAGGGUUGUCAGCGGCCAUCCGACAUCGCCACUAGAUUGCCCAACGGAGGCACAGUCAAAGUGCCGCUGUCACAAGAGUGCCAAAUAGUAUAAAAAGUAUUAAUGAAGACAUUGAUCCUUUGUAACUAGUAGAAUUUUCUUAAAGCGGGUGUUAGGAAUCAUCUCCAAAGAGCUUGGGUAUUGGUUGACAAUAAUAUAACGUUGACAUUAGUAAAGAUGUAUUAUGGUCAAUAGCUAGUCAAAGAUUACGGCGGCAGCGGCUACUAAAUCAGGACUUUGGCUCAGGGUUACUUUAACUGUAAAACCAUAUCAAAGAAAAUCCAGGUCUAAGGUCGAAUCAUAGGCAUAUUAGAUCUAGGCAUGAAGGCUCAAGGAACAGACCUCCAUAUAUGCGGUGUGGCUCAAUCUCCAUAACGCGAAAUGGUGCGAAUGCGACGCUUGAACUCAGACUUCAGCGACGAUUAAAGAUCGUGAUCAAUGUUUACUUUUAAAUCAUGCGAUAAAGAAAAUGUUCAUAGAUGUGCAAUGGAAGUCAUAGUUUUGCCAAAUUUAACCGAAUUGCAAAUAUUGUUAUGGUUAUUAAAGAAAUUACACACAUUUUAAACCGAAGUCUGGACUUAAUCAUCGCAUCUAUACCCUUUGUCGCGAUGGCGGUAACUUUAAGCUUAGAGGCGACCUUAGCAUUAGUCUUAAUUCAGGUAAGCUUAAUAAGCCUUGAUUCAAAUCAUGAUGAUAUUUAAACCUAGGUCACUGUUUUAUAUCGCAGUGACAGUUAGUUUAAGUCAUCAGAGAGGUAGAUUAAACUCCUAAUAGCAUAUAGCCUAGAUUAUUACAGUGGCAUUAAAUCAAAGACUUUAGUUUUGAAAUAUAUCUUUUAGUGAGUGGAUAAGAAUGCACAAGGUCUAAAUAAGUGGUUAUUUAGACCUCGAUCAUGUGCAACGCUGCAAUCAAAACGGGGAUUUAAAAAAGACUCAUGUUGGCAUUAGAAUAGCGUAAGAUAUUUUUAAGGUAGCCUAGCUUGAUUCUCAUUUUUAUCAUCACUUUUAUCAUCUUUGCUCACAUCACAUAUCAUACCUAUCAACAAAUGCAAGACUGAAAUUGCAAUCAUUGCAUGAAUAACUGUUAUCAUCCUAUUCAUUUCAUCUACCAUUAUACUGAGAAAUAUUUUUUUUUAUAAAUCAGUAAAUUACAUUAUCAAAUGUUUCAGCGAUAUUUUCAUCUUCUUUUUGUAUGUUGUAUUUUGAGAAGUUAUAGAGACAAAAAGAAAUAUAUAGUCUCUU